AUGCCGCUGCCCCGAGACCUCCCGGACGGGGGCGGGGGCAGGCUCGGGGCCCUUCGGCCGCGCCCGCCGCCCCGGGACCCUCCCUGCGCGCCGCCGCUCCGAGGACUCGGGGUCCCGCGGCGGCCCCAGGACGAGCAGGGGGGCGGCAAGCGGGGGUCGCUGCUGCGCCUGGCCCUGGGCACGUGGGGACAGCGGGGCGCGGAGCGGAGCCCCCGGGAGAGGGAACCCCCGGGGACCGGCGGACGCGGCGGGAACCGGAGCCGACGGCGCGGGGAAGGAACGGGACGGGUACAGGGAGAGGAGCCGCUGUCCGUGCUGGAGAUCCUGGAGCUGAUCCAGCGGCGGGACUUGGUGGCCGCGGACGCCCAAAUCAUCGCCCUGGAGGCCGAGUGCGCCCUGUCCCCGUCCCUCUCCGUGUCCCCGCCCGUGUCCCCCUGCGUCCCCGGCCGUGUCCCCUCCGUCGCCGACGCCCGGGGGCGGGGGCGGCGGGCCCGGGACGUGGCCCUGCUGUACCGGGCGCUGCUGGCCGAGCUGUGGGCGGUGGUGGCCGAGGCGGUGGCCGCGGGGCGAGCGGGCCCGCUGCGCGCCGUGGUGGCCGUGCUGGAGCAGGAGGAGGCGGCGGACGCGCGAUCCCCGGAGCCGCCCGGGGCAGUGCGGGCGCUGCGGCGGCGCUGGCACGAGGCGGUGGCGAGGGCGGCGAGCGAGCGGCUGGCCCAGGUGGCCCCGGCGGGGGCUGGGGCCCGGCUGGCUGCGCUGGCCGCGCGGGUCGUGGGCGACCUGGUCGUGCGGAGCCACGUGGCCCCGCCUACCCCCGAGUACGGCGCUGGGGUCUACGCUCGCGGCUACCACCGGGCGCUGGCCCAGCAGCUGCGGGCGCUGGCCCAGAGACUGCCCGUGCCCGACCUGUACCUGCUGCUCGACUGGCACAGCAACGCCUACCCCAGGGGUCCGUACUUCCCAGGAGGUGCUGGGGCACCCGAGGUGGGGGCUCUGCUGCGGGCACAGGCCCUGGGACCCCUCCUGCCCCAGACCCAGCGCGACCUCGAGAGCUCCUGCAUCGCCGCCGUCAAGGCCAAGCUGGAGGUGGCGGUGGCGCAGGAGCUGCAGCUCAGCGAGGACACCUGGCCCGAGGACGUCACCGAGCAGGACCUGCAGGAGGGCCUGGCCACGCGGGUCACGGGGCUGCUGCGGGCACACGUGGACAGAGCCCCAGGUGACCCCGAGUUCGGGCGGGACAUGGCCCACGGUCUGCUGGGAGUGCUGGUGGCCUUUCUCCCCAGUUUCCAGCGGAAGGUCGAGCGGUUCCUGGAAGGCCCCGGUGACGCGCCCCCAGACGGUGCCCCCGCCCGCGCCAUCGCCUUGGCCAACUGCUGCCCCCCCGGCAGGGCCUUCGCGGAGCGGCUGGCGCAGUUCGGGCACCCCGAGAGCGAGGAGCCGCGGCGCCAGGCCCACGCCGCGCUGGACCGCGUCACCCGCGCCUGCCACCUCCUCACCCAGCUCUUCGAGGACCUCAAGCCCUACUUCGGCAAGCUGAUGAAGCGCAAGUGGCUCUCGAGCUCCGACGCCUUCGACGCCAUCGUGAUGCUCAUCACCGGCUUCGCGCAGACGCUGCGCCCGCUGCACCCGAGCCCCACGCAGGUGCUGGUGAGCGAACUGCACCGGCGGGUGCUCAUCGAGCACGUGCGGCCGCUGCUGCAGGGCCGCCUGGUCUGCGCUCGGCCAAGCCCGUGCCGCGUGGCCGCCCGGCUCGGGCGACGAGGCCCGGCAGCCCGGGAGCUCUUCUCGCGCCUGGACUCGGCGUCGCCGUGGUUGGACUCGGUGGUGCCGCGGCUGCGGGAGCUGCUGGUGCUGGAGGACACGGCCGCGCUGCAGAUCGAGGUCGGGGCCCUGGCCAGGGACUUCCCCGACGUCCGCCGCCGCCACGUGGCCGCCCUGCUGGACGCGUGGGCUGCGGGCUCAGGUCCCUGCCGGGAGAUCCUAGGGGUCCUGCAGACGUGGGGGCCGAGGCCGAGCUCGGGCCCCCCCGCCCGGCACUGA